GACGGAUCGCGCCGGGGAGCGGGUUGGUUUAAAACACGGAUUUAGUUCUAUGGAAACCGGCCCUCCUGCUGCGGGGCGGAGCCACAGGCGGACCGAUGGACAGUGGGGUGCACAUAGAAGCUACGAUAACCAGACCCGUUGUCUCUCCAACCUACAUCAGUGCUACAGCUUCUGAAACAGUCACAGUCCUGGAGCAGAGGAUGAGGAUCGUUGAGGAGCAGACCAGCUCUCUGAGGGAUGACCUAAUCAUGUUGGACUUGGGUGCAAAAAGAAACCAGUUUGAAACCCCAGAGUGUUUAGAAGCACCUGAGAACCAGAACAUCACUAGUCGUAUCCAGAGUGAAGUAACUUGUUCGGGAAAAACGGAUAUUUUAUGGAAGAACUGUGAGUUUCUGGUGAAUCGAAUGUGCCACCUGGAAAGCCUCAUCCAGUCCUUGAAGAUGAGUAUCUUUUGUCUGCAGACUGAGAGGGACAUGAACCCACAGAAAGCAGCGUUUCUGAAGGACCGACUGAACACAAUGCAGGAGGAGCACUCCCAGGACCUGAAGCUGUUGCACCUGGAAGUGCUGAAUUUGCGCCAGCAACUAAGAGACGUGAAAGAGGAGGAAGACAAGGCCCAGGAGGAGGUGCAGAGGCUGACUGCCACGCUGGAGAUGGCCUCGGAGACGAAGAAGAAUGCAGCCAUUAUGGAAGAGGAGCUGAAGACCACAAAGCGUAAAAUGAACCUUAAAGUUCAGGAGCUGCGGAGACAGCUGUCUCAGGAAAAGUGCCUGAGGACUUCUCUUGAGAACUCUGGAUCGGCCAUGCUGCUCAAAAUACAAGAGAUGGGGGCAGCAGUGGAGGUGGAACGCAAGCAGGUACAAAUUUUGCAGCAAAACUGCCUGUCGCUACGCAGUUCUAUACAGAACACUCAAGAACUACUGGCACAGGAGCAACAAAAGAAAGGAGAGUUGGAGGCUGCUGUCUUACAGCUCAAGUCUGACCUAGUUUCUAGAGAUGACCUUAUUUCCAAGUUGGCUGAAGAAAAUAAGAAUGUGCAGAUGUCUCUCAACCAGGAACAUGAGAAAAAUGCAUAUUUGAGGUCUGAAAUAAUAUCCCUUCAUGAAGCAGCAGAGAAAGUACAGGUAGAGCAGAAAAGGGUGACACAGACUUUUCAAGAACAAAACUCACUGCUGGAUGCAGCCCAUGCCAGUAUCACAAGUGAGCUGCAGAAUCUUAAGAAUGAGAAAACUCAACUCCAGGCACAUCUCGACCACUUAAUCCUCGAGCACAACCAGUGUCUCCAGAAGGCCCAGGAUGCUGAGAAGAGGACAGCGGUGCAGAAGGAGCUGCUGGAAUCAACUAUCGCGAGACUGCGAGGGGAACUGGAAGCAUCGCUGCACGAGAAGACCUCUCUGCUGGGCGAGAAGGAGAGCCUUCAGAGAGAGGUGAAUAAAAAUGAGCAAGAAAAAGCACAAGAAAAAUGCAGUUUGGAAAAGGAAUUGGCUAAAUACAAGGUAGACGUAAACACAUUAACCCACAGCCUGCAGACUCUGGAGGAAAGGAAUAAGGACCUGGCUGAUCAGUUGGCUUAUCUGGAGCUUCAGCAAGAUGAGGCCGAUUACCAUGGGCUUGCCCGACAGAAGGUGGAAGAUGUCUUGGGAAAAAUUACUCAGAGUAAAAGUAUACUGGCCUAUGAAAAGGGAAAACUCCAGAUAAAAGUGAAACAGCUGGAAGAGCAGCUACAUUCUUUCACUGAAACCUGCUCACAGAAUGACCAUCUGCGCAAGUUGAACAAGGCUCUGGAGGGCAAAUACACUCAGGUGAAGUCCAUCCUUGAAAAAAACGAAGAGGAGCUCUCGGAGGCGGUGAAGUGUCGCGAUGCGGCGCUGAAGGAGAGCCAGAAGCUGAAAGGGGACCUGGAGGCCCUGGAGGACAAGGAGAGCAAGAAGAUGGGGAACUUUCAGCGGCAGCUGGCAGAAGCGAAAGAAGACAACUGCAAAGUGACAAUCAUGCUGGAGAACGUGCUGGCUUCGCACAGCAAGAUGCAAGGCGCUCUGGAAAAAGUGCAGAUCGAGCUCGGGCGGAGGGACUCGGAGAUCGCAGGCCUCAAGAAAGAAAGGGCGCUCAACCAGCAGAGGGUGCAGAAGCUGGAGGCGGAGGUGGACCAGUGGCAGGCCCGCAUGCUGGUGGUGGACGCCCAGCACAACAGUGAGGUGGAGCCCCUGCAGAAGGCUCUGGAUGUAGCGAGAGAAGACAACAGGAAGCUGGCGAUGAGCCUGGAGCAAGCGCUCCAGACAAACAACCACCUGCAAGCAAAGCUGGACCACAUCCAAGACAGACUGGAAUGCAAAGAACUGGAGCGACAGGAUUUGGAAAACUGCAAAGAGCGCAUAACUGAGGAAUCCAAGGUGGAGGCAGAGCUGCACGCUGAGCACGUAGAAGCUCUGAGAAAGCAGUUUCAGAUGGAGAGAGACAACGCCAAGAAGACGAGCCAGCGGGAGGUGGCCGAGCUGAAGAAAGCCCUGGAGGACGCCAACUGCAGGUCCGUGGAGGUGUCGCGCACCAACCGGGAGCUGCGGCAGAAGCUCACGGAGCUGGAGAAGCUGCUGGCCGGCAGCAAGGACAAGAUCAAGAACCAGAAGGCUCAGAUCAAGCUCCACUUGUCGGCCAAGGCGAAUGCUGCUCAGAACGUGGAGAGGAUGAAGCAAAUAGAAACGGAACUGAGGCAGAUGGAGCUGAUUAAGGACCAGUACCAGAAGAAGAACUACGAGCAGUCGUUGAGCAUCCAGAGGUUUGUGUCUGAGAUGACGAACCUGCAGAAGGAGAUGCAGCUGCUGGCCAAGAGCCAGUACGAGACCUCGGCGCGGAACAAGCAGCAGGAGCUGCGCCUGGAGGCGGAGCGGAAACUGAGGCAGGAGCUGGAGCGCCGGUGCAAGGAAUUGGAGGAAACGGUGAGACACCUGAAGAAAUGUAAAGAGGUGACGGAGAGUAAGCUGAAAGAAGCCAGUGUGGAAUCAGAACAGAUAACGGCUAACCUGGAAGAGGCUCACCGCUGGUUUAAGUGCAGGUUCGACGGCCUGCAGCUUGAGCUGACAAAAAACCGGCUUCAGCGGCUCCCCCAGGAGAGCAGGUGCUGGGAAGAGGACCAAGACCAGAGGCACGACACCAUCUCCACCCAGUCUAUCCUGCACCGGUGGGAAAAUAAACAGAACCUCAGGCUGAUGCCCAAGAAGUACCAUCCUGAGCUGGAGAGGAAGUGACGCCCCUGACCGUGGAGGAGCUGCACCCACAGCCGUGCCGGGACCUGAGCCAGCGCCGGGCUGGCCUGCUGCCACCGCCCCGGACACGACGUCCACGGGGCUGAAGCUUUGGACCUGAGUUUAUCCCUUUAUGAACUCUGAUGAUUAAUACAAAACACCCAUCUUUUUCUUUCCCCGUUUUCCACCCAAUAAAGUUAUAUUAAUUUGUGUAUGAUAA